UAUUUUAGUGGGUAAUAAAAUUAUAUUUCAAUACAGUGCACAAAGAAGUAUAUUCCUAUUUUAUCAAACCCUGCGUAUUUAUUUGGUGUUGAUAUUGUCAAAAUAGAGACAAUUAAAAGGGACAAGUGAAGAGUGGGUAAUAAACCACUUCUCUUCAGACAAAGCACCCUCCUACCCUCUUUGAAAAUUGUUUUAUCAGAUUUUAGCAUCUUCUCUAGUUAGUUUUUGGAUAAUUUCUGUAAUAAUUUUGGCGUCACGAGAGCUUAUUGAACAUUUUUGCCCAAUUGUGGGAGUUUAGAUCAUAUAUUGGCUUGCACACCAACUGUUUGAUGAAUUUCUUCUUCAGCAUUUCCACCUACAUUGAUUAGUUAUAUUUGAUUAUAACUUUUAUGAAUUUGAACUGAAACUCUCCAUUUAUCUCCUACUCUACUCUCCAAUUCCAGUAUUGGGUAAAUGAAGUGUAUCCUUCGAUAAAGCUAUUGUUUCUUUCUCAUAGUCACAAAUAUCUCUCCCUGUUGCCGCUCCAGUUGGGUCCUCCGGCGAACCCACUUUGCCGGUUCUCUAGCCUCAUCGCUAUCAGUUUUUCCAUGAUGAAUGAUGGCAAAGCUGUGCUUGAAAGUUUUCUGAAAGUUCUUCCACCUGUAGAGUUCUGCUGUGUCUACGGUUCUGCUCUUCAUCCAAAUAACCAUGACAAGUCUAAUCUAGUGGACUAUAUUCUUGGUGUGUCAAAUCCGCCGGAAUGGCAUGCUGAGUUGAAUGGAGAUCACUAUGCUUCGUGUAUGCUGCACCUCGGUGGGUCAAGAUUGAUCACUGAAAUUGCUGACAAUAUUGGUGUGGGAGUGCACUUCAACCCUUAUGUUACUUGGAAUGACAAGAUGUUCAAGUAUGGGGUAAUUCGGAUGCAUAAUUUGGUUCAGGACAUACUUAACUGGGAAAGAUUCUACUUGUGUGGUCGAUUGCAAAAACCUGUUCAUAUGCUGGUGGAUAAUUUAGAUGUUGAGAAUUUAAAUUCAGUUAAUUUAAGGGCUGCAGUUUCUGCUUCUCUCCUCCUUCUGCCGAUGAAGUUUUCUGAGGAAGAUCUUUAUGCCAAAAUAUGCGGCCUCUCCUAUAUGGGUGAUCUGCGUAUGCUAUUUGCUGAGGACAGAUACAAGGUGAACAAGAUUGUACGGGGACAGUUUGAUUUAUUCCAGUCAAUGUAUAAGCCGUUUCUUGAAGAAUUCGAGGCUAAUGAUAUUUUGAGAUCCUCAUCAUUUUCAAAUCACCAAGCAAACAUAUCUCAGGAUUGUAGUGUAUCAACAGCUCACACUCUCGUAUCUUCUCUUCCUCCAUUUGUCAGAAGUGAAAUGGCGAUGAAUUUAGGAGACAAGAAACAUUUUAGUGAAUCUGGUCAAGCUGCAUGUGAACUUGUGAUUAGCUCAAGAGAAGAGGCUGCGAAAUGCAUGCAGAAGAUUCUGAAGAGAAAAGUUAUGGUUUCAAGUGCAAGACAGGCUAUCUCUGGUCUCUUGGCUGUUGGAGGUGUUAAUGGAAUGAGAUAUCUUGGCAGUAAAAUGAAAAAGGCUUGGAAAUCCUGGAUGUGAUAUUCAGAAUUUCUUUCUGGUUUCCUGUCCGAAUAUGGUAGCAACUAGUUCGGCCAUGAGAUAUUGGCCCUUUUUCGUGCACCAUCCUUGCCAAUGAAAUAAAUUUGCCUUUCACCGCAAGGUGUACUUACCAUCCUUCUAAUGAGCUUCCAAGAGUAUUACAUUGAUUGUUUUCAUUAACAUCAUCAUUUACAGUAAAAUAGACAUGCACUAUUAGACCCUUGGAUCAAAAAGAACUUUGGAAAAAUGCCACUUGUGCCUCAAUCAAAAAACUGAUCUGAAUACAAAAUGAGAAAAAUGAAAAAGUGUAUUUCCCUAAA